GAAUUCUAAUAUACAAUUAUGAUUCUGUUUUGCAAGUUAAUAAGUGAGAUAGAUAAUCACAUAUAAGUUCCAGCCCGAAAAGAUGUAGGAACUCAGCCUCAAGAGAAUGAAUGACUCAAAGAUCUAUGAUUCAUUCAUCCUGAGAUCCUUAUCGAUAAAGCUUCACUUGGACUUCACACGCCGAACAGUCAUCUCCGACCGUACACUCAAGAACUAAUGACUACUUUGCACUCAAUUCACUAUCAUUCCGUAUUAUCUUAUAUUAUUUAGCUACCUACGUUGAAGAACUCUUUCAUGAUCUUACAAACACACUGCAAGCAAAUUAAGUUAUUGCCACAGCACUUUUGGGCAAAAUAGGCAAACGGAAACAUGUCUUCAAAGGGCAAACAGCUUCCACACGACCGGCGGAAAGGCGAAACUGCUCUGAGCGAGUUCGCCGAAUACGUUGAAAAGCAACAAGCGCUUCGAUAUCCCUCUUAUUCUACUUCCAGUUCAACAACAGGUGGCCCCUCAACCACCGCAACAUCAGUUACUACCGUAGAAGAUCAUGCCGAACUUACAGAUAUCUUGAACUCUCUCGACAUAGCAGAUACUAGUCCUCAAGUACGAAUAAAAGAAUUACUGCUCUCGGCCGACGAAGAUCAAUUAGCGCUCCUCAAAAAUGUCCUGGAGUUGCGAUUGGAGGAGGGACAUGGAGAGACCAUUUUUGAGAUUGGAUUCGAGAACAAUGGUGACGCAAUGGGAUUCAACAAAAAGGAAUGGGAUGUUGCCCUGAAAAGAUUACAGGAAGCGGCAGGGAAAUUGAACAGUGAUUGUCAGUUACUGUUAACGAAUGGAGUGGGUGGCGAAGUAGAAGGUGAAACUGGAGAGUCAAAAGAGAAAGAUUGCACAGGUAAAGUUCUAGUGCGGCAACAUCCUGCCAGUGUGGAGGAAGUUAUCGAGACAAGAAUUGCUGUCGUGGGAAACGUCGACGCGGGGAAAAGUACUAUGCUGGGAGUGCUGGUAAAAGGUGGAUUGGAUGAUGGAAGAGGAAAAGCAAGGGUCAAUCUCUUUCGCCACAAGCACGAAAUUGAGAGUGGAAGAACUAGUUCUGUUGGUAUGGAAAUUAUGGGCUUUGAUACUUUGGGCAAAGUUGUCGCAUCUGAUGUUCCGGGGAGAAAACUGUCAUGGGAAGAAAUUGGAAAACGAUCCGCAAAAGUCAUCUCCUUUACCGAUUUGGCUGGCCAUGAACGGUAUCUACGAACUACCGUGUUUGGGCUCUUAUCUUCGUCUCCAAAUUACUGUUUACUAAUGGUCGCUGCAAAUAACGGACUCAUUGGUAUGAGUAAAGAACAUCUUGGUAUCGCUCUUGCGUUGAAUGUACCGGUUAUGGUUGUCAUUACUAAAAUCGAUAUUUGUCCUCCUCAAAUCUUAGAACAAACCAUCAAGCAAAUUACCGGCAUAUUGAAAAGUCCCGGAGCCAGGAAAAUACCAAUUUUCAUCAAGAAUCGAGAAGAGUGUAUCAAUACUGCUACUCAAUUCGUCAGCAAACGAAUUUGUCCAAUCUUCCAAGUAUCCAAUGUUACUGGAGAAUCUUUAGAUCUCGUUCGAGCUUUCCUCAAUAUUCUACCUCAUCAUGGCCAUUAUGAUGCGGAGGCACCUUUCGAAUUCCAUAUUAAUGAUACUUUCUCCGUUCCAUUCGUAGGAACUGUAGUAUCAGGGAUCGUAAAGUCGGGUGUUGUUCACGCAGGUGACACUGUACUCGUUGGACCUGACUCUCUUGGUCAAUUCACAACUACAACUAUUCGUUCCAUUGAACGUAAACGAAUACCAGUUCCGGCUACAUCUGCCGGUCAAUCAGCUUCGUUUGCAUUAAAACGGGUUCGAAGAAAAGAUGUUAGAAAAGGAAUGGUUGUUCUUCCGAAAUCCGAACACAAUUCCCCUAAAGUUUACCGAGAAUUUGUCGCUGAAGUUCUGAUCCUUUCUCAUGCUACUACUAUCAAAACAAAAUAUCAGGCCAUGCUACAUGUUGGGCCUGUUAGUCAAACCUGUGCUAUUAUUGAUAUUGAUCGAAGUUACAUUCGAACUGGUGAUAGAGCAACAGUCGCAUUCCGAUUUGUACAAAGACCGGAAUACUUGGCUCCGGGUGACAGGCUGUUGUUUAGGGAGGGUCGGACGAAAGGUUUGGGAAUUGUUAAGAGUGUGGGCUAUGAUCCUGCGAAACCAUUGGGGGGCGUUAAACCUGAAGGUGAUGGCACAGAGGCUGUAGAGACGAAUACUUCUGCCGAGACUUCCAAAGCUCCUUGAUGAGCUUGGGAAGCUGUGAAAUUACAUAUUAAUAUUUCAUGUUUUAUUGAGUCAUGGAGAUAGGAGCAUCGUCAUGGGAAAGGCAGGAGGUGGUGCAUAUGGGAGAUGGAGUGGGUAGAGCCAUUGAUUGUUUAUUACUAUGGGGUUAUGAUGAGUUUACAAGUUAAUGCAUAUUUUUCAGUAUACACAUAAAAUGUAAACUCCAAAUCGCGUUUCUACAUGGUGACCAAAGUAGAACGACUAUAAUCUUAGGGUCGAGGGUCUCACUGAUCUGCCAAACAAACCUCAAGAUUCUAAACAUCUAGGGCGAAGUUACUAGGUGAUUUCCAAGCUUCUCAUAAAAUCUCAUGAGCUAUUUCGGUGCUGUUGGGGAGAAAUAGGUGGUGAAAAGCGUACUUGUAGCGGAUCGACCUAUAUACUACCAUCUAUGUAGAACCAUAGACCUUCGGGUUCAUUAUCCUACACCCGUUCCAUAUACACAUACGCAUACAUGAAUGAUGAGAAUGUUUUUCUUCAACGCAGCACAGCCUCUAGGGAGAAAUUGGCAGAAAACA